UUCCUCCCCCCUCCUCCUCCUGCAGAGGAACAGAAACUUAUCUCUGGAUAAACUUCACUCUUCAUUCUUCACCCCGGACACACAGCAGGCCUCCUCCACACCAGCAGACCUGUACCUUUUAAUCCCGGAUUAUGGCUUUUAAUCAGCAGACCCCUUUCUAUAACCCAAGAGUUCCGUUCAUCGGAUCCAUCCAUGGGGGUCUGCAGGAGGGGAAGUCCAUCAACAUCAGCGGACGAGUCCCGUCUGGAUGCGACAGGUUCCACGUGAACCUGCAGUGUGGCUCCGGGGCCAACGCAGACAUCGCCUUCCACUUUAACCCUCGCUAUGACAGCUUCCUGAGUUAUUUGGUCGCCAACACCAAGCAGCACGGCACUUGGGGCGCCGAGGAGAAGAAGAGUGACUGUCCCGUCUCCUUGGGCUCCACCUUCAACCUGCUCAUCACCGUCAGCCGCGACGCCUACCAGGUGUGUGUGGACGGCUCCCACUACAUGAAUUACAGACAUCGUAUCCCGCUCCAGCAGGUGGACACCAUCGCUGUAGGCGGGAAAGUAGAGAUCUCCUCCAUCGCCUUCCAGAGCGCCACGCCGGCGUUUCCUGCUCAGCCUUCCUACCCUACCUGCUCGUUCCCAACUCAGUCCGGAUUCCCCUCACAACCAGGGUUUCCCUCUCAGCCCGGAUUUCCUACGCAGCCUGGAUUCCCUGCACAGCCCGGAUACCCCUCGUAUCCUGGUUUCCCCACGCAGCCUGGGUUCCCCUCACAGCCUGGGUUCCCCUCACAGCCUGGGUUCCCCUCACAGCCUGGUUUCCCCUCAAUGCCUGGGUUCCCCUCACAGCCUGGGUUUCCUGCACCCUUGACUGUCCCAUACAGGAGUGCCAUCAGUGGUGGACUCAAAUCAGGCCGGACCAUCACCAUCAUGGGGACGGUUCACCCCACUGCAACAAGGUUCGCCGUGAAUCUAAGUCAUUCCUCUGGCGUCGCUCUGCACUAUAACCCACGCUUCAACGAGAACACCGUGGUCAGGAACCACAAGCAGGGCGCUCAGUGGGGCAGCGAGGAGCGAGGAGGAGGGAUGCCUUUCCACAAGGGACAACAGUUCAUGCUGGUGAUCUGCUGUGAGGGUCAGUCCUUCAGGAUCAUGGCCAACGGGAUGCAGGCUCACACCUUCAGACACCGCAUCACGCCCCUGAACCGCAUCACCGGUCUGGAGAUUGAGGGGGACGUCACCCUGACCUCUGUGGUGGUUUAAAGAUCCAGGACCUAGACCUGGUGCUCUCAUCUCACCUGCAUCGCUGCCUUAUUAACUCCUUCAUGCUUACUGAUGACUUUUUAUCUGCAGAAUUUUUGUAUUUAAUCUCUCAUAAUCAUCUCACUUUAAGAUUGUAAUCUGUUAUACGUUAUAAUCCAGCUUGUUCAGUAAGUUUGUGAAGAAGUUCAGAAGUCUGGAGAAGUUAUGCACAUUUAUUCACCCUAGAUUAGGAGCCGGAUUACGGGAUUACUCCUGGAUGUCUCUGAACGUUUGACUGAAUGCAGCUAAUAAUCUGAACACAGCUGCAUUCAUAUUUGGGUUUAUGCCUGUUUGGUGUGUGUGUGUGUGUGUGUGUGUGAUCUUUGCUGUGUGACACAUUAAAGAAUAUACUGCAUGACUUCA